AUGCUGGAGUCGAUACAGGAGAGUCAACAAAAACCAGAGCUUUCCGCAGAAGUUGUCAGUGCUGUCCGGUCGAGUCGGCCUCUCCCCAGUAAUGCACCAGUCUCCGAGUCUCCACCCGCUCACGCUCCUCUCCGCUCUUCCGAAUCUUCUUCAUCAACCGUUCCUCUUAGCAGCCUAGAGAGUGACCGGAGUACCACGCAGACAUUGGGCUCAGAGACUAGCGUUGAGAUUUCAGAAUCCCAUGUGAUUCGAGGUUUUGCUCCAAAUCAAAUUUCAUCCUCUUACCGCUCCAAAACGAAUCUUGCACCAUCACCUGUCCCCGUGAAAACGACAGCUCACCCUCUGAAGACCACGCAGCCCAAUUUCAUGCUCGGUGGGUCUUCAGACGACGCUGAAAGCUCAUUCGAAGAUCGUAUGCCAUCACAUUCGAAACAAAGCUCCCUCACGAUUGGUCUCAAAAAGCCAAUGGCGGCGAAGAAACAGCUUUCUUUCAAGGAUGAACUAGCAAAAAGGACUUCCUACGAGGACGAGAAGGUCUUUGUUUCUGACGAUGAGGAUUCAAGUGCCAUUGAUUCUGACUCAGACUCUGAGGAUGAUGACGGAGAAUGGGAAGAUGACGGAUCAGAAGACGCAGACACCACCAUUGACGAUAGACCUACGUUUCAGCGUGUCGACUCCAAACCCGAUCUUGUUUCUCGCCGGUCUCUACUGACAACUCAACUAAACGAGGGAGACCGUCAAGCAGACUUUGCUGCACAAGCACAAGCACAGUCUCUUAACGCUUUGCGAAAAACCAAGACUCAGACGUGCUUGGACCCACGGGAAAAUAGCGAUAUAUUGCAAAUGCCACAAUCAAAACGAGCUAAACCAAUUUCGAUGACUUCGCAACAUGCGCAGUCAACACCGAUCGCCUUGUCUCCUAGGUCUACUCGUAGAAACAUGCUUGCUACAGAGAUGACCGAGUCCUUAAGAAAGGCUGUCUUGUUUGAACGCCAACAGAAGAAGGCUACUGCUAACGCUGUGCUGCAACGAAGACAUACAACCCAAGACCUGACCCAUAUGAGAAACUAUCCAGAGGGAGAAGAAGGUGGAAUGGCCAAUCACUCAUGGAACGACGACUACUCGACAGGAGGGUUCAGCGAUUACCACCAAACUGGUUGGUAG